AAUUCAGCAGCGCCUCUCUCUUUCCCCAAGGGGGGAGGGAGGGAGGGGGAGGGAGGGGAGUUACGAGAUCCUCAGCGCUUUAAGGUGUAGCCUCCCCUCUUGGCUGGCAGGAAGAUGCGAACUCGGGGCAGCGGCGGAGCUUCGGAGUUGCUGCCGCCACUACCUGUGUGGCCCCAGCCGCGGCUGCUCCGCUCCGCUCGUGGAAGCUCAGGCCCCCCUGUCACCAUGUGAACGCUUUGAAUCCGGAUCGGAUCUGCUGCCUGCCUCCUUAUUCUCAUGGGAAGCGGAAUAUUUUAAAAAGGCAUAGAAAAGACGCUCUCCUUCAUUUUUUGUUUCUGCCUCACCAGCGCCUUGCUUCUCAUCGUUCUCUUUUUUUAAUUAUUAUUUUUAACCCCUGCCUUCCUGGAGACCACUUAGGUGGGAACUUCCUCUGAAGAUCCGAAGCCGCGCCAGAGCAACUCCAGAUUGAAUUGGGUUUACACAGAGAUUUAUUCCAAAGACCAUGAGAUAAUUGUCACCAGCUAAGCAACAAGACAAGCAGGGUUUAUUACUACAGUUCUGGAAUGUUGCAUCCUGUUGGCUGGCCCAUCUGUAAUUGUUCUGGACACAUGUUGAAGUAGCAGAAAAGGCAGAUUUGCAACUGGAAUCCAGGUUAAAAGCUACAACAGUUGGAACACCAGAGAACAACUGGUGAAGAAGGAAAGCCGUGAAGUCAUGGAUAAGGACAGCAUGAGCCUAGCUGACCAGCAGUAUGAAUGUGUAGCGGAAAUUGGUGAAGGAGCUUAUGGGAAAGUGUUCAAGGCUCGGGACUUGAAGAAUGGAGGGCGCUUUGUAGCACUGAAGAGGGUGCGGGUGCAGACCAGCGAGGAGGGGAUGCCGCUUUCCACUAUACGCGAGGUGGCAGUCUUGAAGCAUCUGGAAACAUUUGAGCAUCCCAACGUGGUCAGGUUAUUUGAUGUUUGCACAGUGUCCCGAACUGAACGAGAGACGAAAUUAACACUGGUGUUUGAACAUGUUGAUCAAGACUUGACCACUUACUUGAAUAAAGUUCCAGAGCCUGGCGUUCCUAGCGAAACUAUAAAGGAUAUGAUGUUUCAGCUGCUACGAGGCCUUGAUUUUCUGCAUUCACACAGAGUGGUCCACCGUGAUUUGAAGCCCCAGAACAUUCUAGUCACCAGCAGUGGACAAAUAAAAUUAGCUGACUUUGGCCUUGCGCGGAUCUACAGUUUUCAGAUGGCUCUUACUUCUGUGGUUGUUACUCUGUGGUACAGAGCUCCCGAAGUUCUGCUUCAAUCCAGUUAUGCAACACCAGUUGAUCUUUGGAGUGUAGGUUGUAUAUUUGCCGAAAUGUUCCGUCGCAAGUAA